AGCUCUGUACCAGCCUCCACAAUCCUACUGAUCUCAAGCUCCUGCCUCUACAGUUGAUACAGAUGGCAUUGUCCCAGAUGGCCACAGAGCUUCUCCUGGCCUCCACCAUCUUCUGCUUGAUACUCUGGGUGGUCAAGGCCUGGCAGCCUCGGCUUCCCAAAGGCCUGAAGAGUCCACCGGGGCCCUGGGGCUGGCCCCUGCUCGGGAACGUGCUGACCUUGGGCAAGAGCCCCCACCUGGCGCUGUCCAGGCUGAGCCAGCGUUAUGGGGACGUGCUGCAGAUCCGCAUCGGCUCCACCCCCGUGCUGGUGCUCAGCGGCCUGGACACCAUCCGGCAGGCCCUGGUGCGCCAGGGGGAUGAUUUCAAGGGCCGGCCCGACCUCUACAGCUUCUCUCUGGUGACCGACGGCCAAAGCAUGUCCUUCAGCCCAGACUCCGGACCAGUGUGGGCUGCGCGCAGGCGCCUGGCUCAGAACGCGCUCAACACCUUCUCCAUUGCCUCCGACCCGGCUUCCUCGUGCUCUUGCUACCUGGAAGAGCAUGUGAGCAAGGAGGCCGAGGCCCUUCUCAGCAGGCUGCAGGAGCAGAUGGCAGAGGUUGGGCGCUUUGAUCCCUACAACCAAGUGCUGCUGUCAGUGGCCAAUGUCAUUGGUGCAAUGUGCUUUGGGCACCACUUCUCUCAGAGAAGUGAGGAAAUGCUCCCCCUCCUAAUGAGCUCCAGUGAUUUUGUGGAGACCGUCUCCUCCGGGAACCCGUUGGACUUUUUCCCCAUUCUCCAAUAUAUGCCCAACUCAGCCCUGCAGAGAUUCAAGAACUUCAACCAGACGUUCGUGCAGUCCCUGCAGAAAAUUGUCCAGGAACACUAUCAAGACUUUGAUGAGCGCAGUGUCCAGGACAUCACAGGCGCCCUCUUGAAGCACAAUGAGAAGAGCUCCAGGGCUAGUGAUGGCCACAUCCCCCAAGAGAAGAUUGUCAACCUUAUCAACGACAUUUUUGGGGCCGGAUUUGACACUGUCACAACGGCCAUUUCCUGGAGUCUUAUGUACCUUGUGGCAAACCCUGAGAUACAGAGAAAGAUCCAGAAGGAGUUGGACACGGUGAUUGGCAGGGCACGGCAGCCUCGCCUCUCUGACAGGCCCCAGCUGCCCUUAAUGGAGGCCUUCAUCCUGGAGAUCUUCCGACACACCUCCUUUGUCCCCUUCACCAUCCCCCACAGCACAACAAAGGACACAACGUUAAAGGGCUUCUACAUCCCCAAGGAAUGCUGUGUCUUCAUAAACCAGUGGCAGGUCAAUCAUGACCAACAGGUGUGGGGGGAUCCAUUUGCAUUCCGGCCAGAGCGAUUCCUCACUGCAGAUGGUACCGCCAUCAACAAGACCUUGAGUGAGAAGGUGAUGCUCUUUGGCAUGGGCAAGCGCCGGUGCAUAGGAGAGGUCCUGGCCAAGUGGGAGAUCUUCCUCUUCCUAGCCAUCUUGCUGCAGCGGCUGGAGUUCAGCGUGCCAGCAGGUGUGAAAGUAGACCUAACCCCCAUCUAUGGGCUGACCAUGAAGCACACCCGCUGUGAGCAUGUCCAGGCACGGCCACGCUUCUCCAUCAAGUGAAGGCACCAGCAUGCCAAGGCAGAGGGAGGGGAAGGAUCACCCAUGGGGCCUCAGCCC